GUAGUAGGUACCUAGAAGUUUUAGCCAUUUUUAUCCAAGUAGGUAGGUAUGGGUUCGAGUUCGUUCGAUUUUUCAAAAUACACCAUUCAUCUCAUUCCAUCGAAACAGGCAAAAAAAUUACACCGGAAAUUGGGCGAUGUAUAGGAAAAAAACGUGAUAUGAUCUUCUUUGUAUAGCAGGAUAAUAAUUAUGAAUUCUAAUCAUUCGCUGUCGUCACUAAAUCUACCCGUUGACAUCGUCCUAAUCGUUAUGUACUUUUUUGAAACAUCACGUUUUUUUUUCAACACGGUCAACAUAUAAGUUUCAAUGUUUCAAUGGGCGAAUCGCUAUUUUGACAAAAAUUCAGACACACUAGAAUUACGUGUGCUUAAAAACCUACAUUUAGAUGUUUAAAUGAUACGCUUUAACACAAAAAUCCACAAUUUUAAUAGGUAUUUAUAUCGGCUAGUUAACUUGAUGGAUGAAAAAAAUUACAAUUCCGCUAUCAUUAUACGAAGGUUAACACGCAGUUUAUAAAAACUCCAAGUGUCUUCGGCUUUUUUUCUCCGGUGGUGGUUUAUUUUUCAAAAUUCGCGCAAAUUUACAAGUCUCAAGUGUUAAAAUGAUGUCGUUAAACGUUCUGUGUGCGUUUUUGGUGUCGUUAAGUGUCGUUUGUGCUACCGAAGUAACUCAAUGUAAAGCGACUUCGAAAAGUAAACCAGCAAUGACAGAAGGCGUUCUUGGAGAAUGCGUAACUCCGCCAUGUGCCUUCAAAAGAGGAGAAAAGACUUGGAUCAAUAUGACAUUCACGGCGGAAGGAAAUCAUGCCAAACUGUCAAACAACAUUUUUGCAACAAUGAUGGGAGUCAGGCACGGAUACCCGGGUUUAAAUGGAAUAAACGCUUGUACUUUCAUUACACCAGCGUGUCCUCUGAAAAAUGGAGAAAAAUACAAAUUUGCUAUUGAAUUAGAUGUAAAGAAAAAUUUUCCAAAGGUAUCGGUACCUCUUCAUUUUGCCAUCAAAGAUGACGAUAUUGGUGGUGAUAUUGCUUGUUUCGAAUGCACUAUCAAGAUAGUAUAAAUUCACAAAAUAUCGUCGAUUGAUUUUUUUUAUAAUUGAAUACCUAUUAUGUAUAAUAAUAAAACCGUAUCGCGAAGAAUGUUUACAAUUUCAGUUCAGUAGGCCUAAUUAAAAUUAGGCGCUCCGGAAGUGGUACCUACGUAAAGAACAAAACAAGUUCGAUAGGUACCUAACGACGAUUUGAACAGCAAAAAAAAAAAACAACAACGCGAUAGGUACGAAGAAAAAUUUGCUCGAAAAUUCCCGAGUGAAUAACUUUCUCGAUAUUUACGUUAAAAUAUUCAAGUAUGUACGAGUUAACUUGAUCAUACACACGUAUGUAUGCACUAAUUGUUACCUCAUUGCAUUUAAAAACAAAUUAUAUACCUUGUACCUAUGUUUAUAAAAAGAAAAAUCUAUAAUUUAUACAAAAAAAAAAAAAAAAAUGAUAAUACUUAAUAAAUAAUCACGUGUAUCGAUUACUUUGUUAACUACAUAAAAAUUCUCAUGAAAAUGCCGGCUUUUUUGCACCUUAGGUAUACCUAUUCUAGGAUAAUUUUACGCAUUUUCAUGACAAUCAACCGGUUCUCGUCGUGAACCGAAUCAUAUUUCCCGAGCAAAUUUGUAUGUGUUCUGUAUAGGACUGUCAAGGAAAACCAGACUCGUUGAACGAAUGAAAUGCCACAUAUUGUUUGAAAGUUUUUAAUGAAGGUUGUAAUAAAAAUACAGGCAGUUUUUACUUAAUUAAUUUAUCUGCUCAUUGUACCUAAAGUACCGACAUAGGUACGUAAAUCUUAAGAGUAUACUCAUUCUAUUUCGGGAUUACCCGUUUAAGUAAAAUGAAUAAACGUUUCGCACUCGAACGUCGGCCGCUGAGAGAUUUCGAAUUUUGAAAUUCGGGUAUUUUAUAAAAAUGGUGUUCGUUUUUGCGCUUAUUCUUACGAUUGUUAUUUUUUCACCGGAUUUUUCAUCGGCUACCAGAGUUCAAAGGUGUAAUUCAAACGAAAAAGAUACAAUUGAUAAUCAAGUUUUCAUCAGUGGAUGCGAUGAGCCACCCUGCAAAUUACAAAAAAACAGCACUACCAACGUUGAAAUUAUUUUUGAACCAGGAUACGACGUGAGCCGUUUAACAACCAGCGUGUACGCCUGGGUCCUAUCGAUACCAUUUCCAUACCUUGGAAUUGAUGGAACCAGUGCUUGCAGUAAUCUCUCUCUGCGAAAUGGCACUCCAACAAAUUGUCCGAUCCGAAAAGGAGUUCAAUACGUGUACAAAAAUGCGGUUGAAAUAAAAGCCAUUUAUCCGAAGGUAAAAGUGAUUUUACAUUGGGCCCUAGUUGAUCCGAGAAACAACGCUAAUGUAUUUUGCUUUGAAGUUCCUGUAAAAAUAAUUAAUUAAAUAUUAUUUUAAAGUCGUAUUUAUUCAUCUUUCCAAUUACGUUCGUGAUGGAAAUUUCAAGUCUUCAAGUUUAAGUAAAAAUGUUAUUUAUUACACCCAUUGUCCUUAACAUUGACGUAUAUGUACAUACAGCAACAGUUUCUUUGUCAACGCAAAAGAAAAAUUAGGUACCUAUACCUAUACCGAAUGUUGUAGUGACAUGGUUUUUACAUACUUAUACCUAUAUUAAAAUAAAUAAAAAUAACUGACUUGAUGUUGGAUUCAAGGACAAUUUAUUUGGAAAGAAAUUUAUCAUAUAAGUAAACUUUUGUAUUGUUAUUUUUUAUUGCCUAUCAUUUUUCGCACUUUUUUAUGCUUAAAAAUAAACAUAUUUGCGCUA